UGAACUUUGAUUCAUAUGAACUCUGAAUUGAGAGGUUUAUUUCACUAUUUUUGUUACAUUCCCAGUUUUGUUUCAUACAAUAGACACAGUGAUAAAGUUCUGUGCGAAUUAAUAAAUUAAUUUGAUUUUAUAUCACAAUGAUCAAUACUGGUAAAUUGGCUGGCCGAACUAUUUUUAUAACGGGUGCAAGCAGAGGCAUAGGAAAAGCUAUCGCGCUAAAGGUAGCUAGAGAUGGAGCUAAUGUAAUAAUUGCAGCUAAAACAGCAGAACCCCAUUCGAAACUUCCUGGAACUAUAUAUACGGCAUGUGAAGAAAGUACGUAUUGUUAAAGUUGCUAUAUAUCU